AUGCCCAAAAUUCCUAAAAUAUUUUUAUGCCUUCUCCAAUUCUCCAUUUUAAUAAAUUUAAUUUAUGGAGCAUCGAAUCUAAAUAAUAACCCCGAUGAAAUUAAAUCUUUACCAGGCUUAAAUGCAAAGCUCAACUUUAAACAUUAUUCAGGCAAAUUAUUUGUUUUGUGGUUAAAUGGAGGUCCUGGCUGUUCAUCUCUUGGUGGUUUAUUUAAUGAAUUAGGCCCAUAUUUACUCAACAAAGAUGGCAAAACACUGCGUCAAAAUCCUCAUUCAUGGAAUAAAUAUGCCUCAGUUAUAUUUUUAGAAUCCCCUGCGUGCGUUGGAUUUUCUUAUAAUUCAAAAGUUAAAAAUGUAACUACAGGUGACGAGGAGGUUGCUGCAGCAAACUAUGCAGCUUUAAAAGAUUUUUUCACUAAAUAUCCUUCAUUGAAAUCAAAUCCAUUUUAUCUUACUGGUGAGUCUUAUGCUGGUGUAUAUAUUCCUAUGCUUGGUGUUAAAAUUUUGGAAGGUAUCAAGGAUUCAAAAAUAAAUUUAAAAGUAUAA